AUGUUUUCCCCAGACUCUACUCAUUCUCGUCAUUGGCAAGUAUCCAAGAAAAUAUUCCUUGUUUGCCGAAACCUAUUCGAUGCUGACUCCACUAGUGAACCGAGAAGCAGACUGUUUGUUGAUAUGUCAGGCGCCCUUCUUACCAAGAUGUUGCCCCCGAGGACCUUUAAGAUGGAGCGAAACGUCAUACUUCGACUUCCUGUUGUUACCUUGUUAUGUUCAUCGUACACAGAAUCAGCCCGUUCAGGUGAUGACGAUAGACUACAUCCGCGUCCUGGCAAUUUCUCUCUCUCACUCACCCACUCUCUCUCUCUCUCUCUAUUAUCAUCGUUUUUCUUUCUCUCUCUCUUUCUAUUAUCAUUGUCCUUUCUUUCUUUCUUUCUUUCUUUCUUUCUUUCUUUUCUUUCUUUCUUUCUUUCUGUCUCCUUUUUUUAUCCACACUUUUUAAAUUCACCUCUUUUCUUCCCUUUUUUCUUUAAUCCGCCAUUUAAAAAAAAAAUAAUCUCUCUCCUUCUUCCUCUUCUUUCUCCAAUGCUUUUUCAAAGUAAUCUUUUUACCUUUCUUUUCUUUCUGAAAUCUUUCCUUAACUUCUUUUCUAUUUUUCUUUUCGAUUCUUUUUCUCUCCCUUUUCCUUAUUUUAAUCCUACUUUCAUUUAUCCUUUUCAUUUAUCCCUCUCUUCCUUGUCUUUUUUACAAUCCAUCUUUUCUUCUUCUUUUUCCCCUUCCCUGUCUCGUUCAUUAUUUAAUUCUCAUAUAUUUUUAUUUUUAACAUUUUUCUUCUCCCUUUUCCCACGUAAAUCCUUCCUUUUUUUUCUUCUUUCGAAUUCUUCUUUAUUUCCUUUUCUAUUUCAUUCUUUCCAUUCUUAA